AUGGAAUCUAACGCGUCUUUGCCAAGCAACAGUUCUGUGUUUCCGCCACAAGGUGGGAAUAACACUACAGAAGUAUCUGAUGGUGAAUCGCCUGCCUUUAAAGCUAUCAAGCUCACGCUCUACGCUGUAAUCUUCCUCAUUAGUGUCAUCGGCAAUUCGUUGGUUUGCGUGGUGAUAACUAGGCGUCGGAGAAUGAGAACUGUCACAAAUCUGUUCGUCUUGAAUCUAGCGAUUUCCGAUCUCGCCAUCACUUGUAUCUGUAUCCCGUUCGAUAUUCCAGUGCAAGAGAACAAUUACAAAUGGCCUUAUGGAUGGUUUGCAUGUAAGCUGAUUUACCCUCUUCAAACAGUGGCUAUGUUCGCUUCUAUAUUUACGCUGACGGCUGUGAGUCUCAAUAGAUUUUGGGCUAUUGUGCACCCACUUAGCAAGCAAAUGAGGAAAAAAGAUGCCGCCGCAGUGAUAGCGUUUAUAUGGGUCAUCUGUGUUAUUCUAAGUGUGCCUUAUGUACUGGUUUUACGUCUCGACGAAGAAAGCAUGGAAUGCGUCGAGUCCUGGCCUGGGCAGAGCUAUAGGAAAGCUUACACGGCGUCACUGUUUGCUUUACAGUACGUUUUGCCUUUAAUCGUAAUAACAAUAGCAUAUCUCACAAUUGGACUGGAAUUGAGGCGUUGCGCAAACGUCAAGAACGCCUUGGCAGUUAAUGCGGCGUUGUACCAGGCACAUCGAAACGAGGCCAGAAAAGUUGUGCGCAUGCUCAUUGUAGUCACUCUUCUUUUCGCAAUUUGCGUACUACCUAACAAUGUCAUGUGGCUUUGGCUUGAUUUCGGUGAUGGAGAAGCCUAUCCUCACUUCUGGGACGUGGUAGCCUUCACUAACAUCGUCUUAUUUGCAAACAGUGCAGCUAAUCCGAUAGCGUACACAAUUUGCCACGAGAACUUUAGAGAAGAGUUCAAGUUGUACGUUACCUGCGAUCCAAAGAUAUUCCAAAGCAUGGCAGAGAGCACAAUAUAUUAUACCAGAACACGAUUAAAGAGCCUGACGUCGUCUGAACGGCUCGGUGCAAAAAGUCAAACUGUAGAUUAUGCUGAGAUCUUUGUUAUUGACGCUAAAGAGACCGUCAUUUAA